UGACAGUUCUACAGAUUCAACACAUUUUUGUUAUACAACGUUACUUUAGUUAAGCCAGUUAAACACUAAUGUGUUUUUUUUAUUGAAAACUGCAGGAAAAAGGAUAGCAGAAGCAGCAAACGUACACUCAAGAAACUCAGAACAGAUGGCUUCCCAAAGCAAAAGCAACGGAUUGAGUAACAAGGUGACCACAGUGGUGGCCACAAAUGCCUAUGGUGCGGAUGUGAUGACCGAGAUCAGCUACUCGGAUGCCAAGGUGGUGGGCAACGGCAGCUUCGGCGUGGUCUUCCAGGCCAAAAUGGUGCCCAGCAACGAGGCGGUGGCCAUUAAGAAGGUCCUGCAGGAUCGUCGCUUCAAGAACCGGGAACUACAGAUCAUGCGCAAGUUGCGUCACGACAACAUCGUCACUCUCAAGUGGUUUUUCUACUCGAGCGGUGAGAAACGGGACGAGGUUUAUCUGAACUUGGUGAUGGAAUAUCUGCCGGAAACGCUUUACAAGGUGGAGAGACAGUAUGCCAGAGCCAAGCAGACUUUGCCGGUUAAUUUUGUUCGGCUUUACAUGUACCAGUUGCUCAGGAGCAUGGCCUACCUGCACAGCUUGGGAUUCUGCCACAGGGACAUCAAGCCGCAGAAUAUGCUGCUCGAUUCGGAUACGGGUGUCCUAAAACUUUGUGAUUUUGGCAGUGCCAAGCAGCUGAUCUCCGGGGAACCCAAUGUGUCGUAUAUUUGCUCCCGCUAUUACCGUGCGCCGGAACUAAUUUUCGGAGCCACGGACUACAACACCAAGAUCGAUAUAUGGAGUGCCGGCUGCGUGAUGGCGGAGCUUCUGCUUGGCCAGCUUAUUUUUCCCGGAGACUCUGGUGUCGACCAGAUCGUGGAGAUUGUUAAGGUCAUGGGCACGCCCACCUCCGAGCAGCUGCACGAUAUGAAUCCCCAUUACAAGCAGUUCAAGUUGCCCCAACUGAAGCCGCAUCCCUGGGCCAAAGUGUUCCGCAUUCGCACGCCAGCGGAGGCCAUAGAUCUUGUCUCCAAGAUGCUAAUAUACUCCCCCAAUGCCAGAGUUUCCCCGUUGAUGGGCUGUGCCCAUCCCUUUUUCGAUGAACUGCGUCACGAUCCGCAACAGCAGUUGCCCAAUGGCCGGAGUCUGCCUCCGUUGUUCAACUUUACGGAAUACGAAAGAAGCAUUGAGCCAGAUGUAAUGCCACUGUUGCAGCCGCGGGCACAGGGAGUGUCCUCUGCCAAGGAGCCCAGCAUGGGCCACCGUACUCGCAAUACAGCCGGAGAGGAGAGUCCACGAAAAGUGGGUGCCAUCCAAAAACUGCCGUCGUUAGGGCUUCCAAAGUCCCCGGAAACCUCGAGCAAGGUAGUCGGAUCCGGAUCCCCACCUGCUUUUUUGCGACACGAGCUGGGAAAUGGCGAUCACGUAGCCGUGGGAACCGUGGCAGUGGAUUCCCCUAAUCACCUGGAUCUGGAUAACUCUGCGGAUAGCGAGGAGGCGGAUGGCGAUGGGGAUGCCGAGGAUGAUAUGGACGAGGAUGCGGGCGACGAGAACGACUUCGAGGACGACGACGACGAGGGGCAGUUCAAUAGCGCCGAUAGCAACAACAUCAGCGACGACAUGGAAGACGCCUCCGAUGACGAGGACCUCGAAGAAAAAACACGGAUACAAUCGAACAAGCAUAUGUAGGAUAUUAUCUCACAUAAGACAUAAGCCAACCAAAUUCAAAAACAAAGAAAUAUAAGUUCAAAAACGUU